AUGUCGUCGACCGCCUCGUCCUCGCCGAUACCGAGCAGCGUGCUGUCGAGCAAGAAUAACUACAACCUUAUUGCAUCCUUCUCACCGGUGAAGGAUGUUUAUAGCAAAUCGGUUUCGACCAGUUCCAACUAUUCUUCCUCGUCGUCGCUGGUGUCCACGGCGAGUUCGGCCCGACCCCAGUCCCAGCAGUCCCAUCAACAGCCGGGGCAGACGCAGUCCCAGCAACAACAGCAGCAGCUGCAGGGGGACUCGAGCGCAGGAGUUCCAGUUCAGCGAUCGGCGUCGUUCAACGCGGCCUGCACGGUUCCGUUGAGCAUAAGUAAGACUACGCAAGUGAAGAAUUCGGCAUCGUUCAGCAAUUGCUCGCUGCUGUCCAAGGUGGCCAAAAAGUCCGGACUGAGCGGGUCGUUGACGGCUACGUCGCUGUUGAAGUUCUCGGGUUCGAGUUCUGCCAACAGUUUACUGCAGUUGAAGCAGCAACAGCAAGCCAACGGGAUCACGAUAUCGAGCAACAUCACCGAGGCACUAGCGAUGGCCGGUCAGAAUCCCAAUCCCUGCCUGUCGACGAGCUCAUCUGGACAACAGCUUAGGAAUUCGCCGUCGGCUUCGUCUUCUACGUCGCUGGCUUCUUCGACGACCUCCACCGUGACUGCGGCUGCUGCAGCCGUCGCUGCCUCUGUCGGAGGCGGAUCUUCUCCGAGUUCCUCUGCCGCUGCUGCGCUGUCGCUGUCCCAGUUCACUAAGAAUAACGUUGUUGAUUAUUACGUCUAGUAUUAAGCAAACCUGUAGCCAUUAAGACGUUGGGAUGAAAUAUAUGUAUGAUUCAGUUUCUUUUAGAUAG